AUCCUGGGGCUCUGCUGAGCAAGGUACAGUCUGUGCCCUGAUCGCUCCGGAGCUCUGGCUAGAGGCCUCUGCAGUGGUCACCGUCCCGCACCGCGUCGCGUGAUCUCCAGAGGGACACUCCUACCUUCCUUCUACCUUUAACUGUGAACCUGAGAUUUCCCCGACACAUCCAAAGUCCAAGUCCAAGAGUGCAAGGCCCAGAAAGAGGUCAAGAUGGGGUUUAUAUUCUCGAAAUCUAUGAAUGAAAACAUGAAAAAUCAACAGGAGUUCAUGGUUAUGCACGCUCGACUUCAGCUGGAAAGACAGCUGACCAUGCAGAAUGAGAUGAGAGAACGGCAAAUGGCUAUGCAGAUCGCCUGGUCUCGGGAAUUCCUCAAAUAUUUCGGAACGUUUUUUGGCAUCGCAACGAUCUCUUUAACAACUGGAGCAAUAAAGCGAAAGAAGCCAGCUCUUCUUAUUCCUAUAGUUCCCCUAAGUUUCAUCUUCACCUACCAGUAUGACCUGGGCUACGGAACUCUUCUACAAAGAAUGAAAAGUGAAGCUGAAGACAUAUUGGAAACAGAAAAGACAAAGUUGGAGCUGCCAAAAGGACUCAUCACCUUUGAAAGCCUUGAAAAAGCCAGAAGGGAGCAGAGUAAAUUCUUCUCAGACAAAUGAAGUCCCACUUAUCCUCGAAGCACAUACUGCGUCUCAAAAGCACAAAAUCGUUGGCUUGAAUCAUGGUGUUUACAGUUUUUUUAAAUGAUCAAGAUUUUGAUACAAUGCAUUUUUAUUUUAGAAUAUUAAAAUCUGAAGUGAGUUUGUUGAACUAUUUUAAAAUAAAAUUUCUAACACUCAACCAAACCAUGGCAGUAUCCUAAGUAACAUUAAGAUUUCUCGUGUGUACGUGUGUUUUUUUCAAGUAGCCAAGUGCAAAAUUAAUAAAUUAUGUUGUUCUGAAUUUGAC